AUGUCUGCUGAAUAUCAGGAAUCCUCCUCGUGGCAUAGUCCCGGUGCUAAACAUCCAUCGCCGUUGCCCUCAACGGGCCCCAUUGUUAAGGACUCAAGUACACAAAGUAGUAACAAUGACAACGCUAAUGCUAAUGCUAAUGCCAAUGCUAAUCCUAAUCCUAAUGCUACUCCGAAUAAGCAACAAGAAGAACAACUUCGAUUGUCGGACAGUUCACAGAAGCAACAACAACAACAACAAAAUCAUCUUGCUUCUGAAGCGUCAAAUGGAGGCAAUCAUUCGGCACCAAAUGGGACAACAACAACAACUACUACUACUACUACUAAUACUAAUACAACCUCUUCUAAUAAAAUGAUGGAGAGCAAACCAUCUAAUAGUCAUCUGUUGGACCUCAAUGAUAAUUACUCUUCAAUGCUAGAGACAUUCACAAAUAAUACCGACAAUAAAGCUGCAAACACUACUACUACUACUACUACUACUACCAAUAAUAAUAAUAAUAAUAAUAAUAAUAAUAAUACAAAUACGAAUAAUAAUAGUACUAGCGAAACUACCAACAAUCAAUACCAGGACAUUCAUCAGAAUGAACAUCCAAGUAGUAAUAAUAAUAAUAAAGGGAACGAAGAGGAAAACCUCGUAACGAAACAAGGCCUAGACGUAUUAUUACAACAGUAUCAAAAUCUAUUGGGCAAAUCUGGAAAUGACCAUAAAUUACCAACAGAAACAAUGAGAUCACAAGUAAAUAAUAAGAUUAAUGCACUAUCCUCUAAUGAUAAUAAUAAUAGUAAUAAUAAUAAUAAUAAUAAGAACAUUGAUAAUAAUAGAAAUACAAAUCUUAUAAAAUCUAAAAAUAAAAGAGGGGAAGAUAUGCAUCCGUCAUCUUCAGAACAUCAAAAUAAAAGGACCAAGUUGGAUAAUGGCGUAUCAGCCAUCGUCGGAGACCAUAAUAAUAACCCGCAACAAUAUUACUCUGAAUUUCUUCAAACUUUAAAUAAUACAAUGUUACAUACACAAAAUAUCAAUAAUCAAAAUACAAUGAGUUCGCAAACACCAAUAUCAUAUGAUGCCCCUCCAAAUUUAAACAUACCAUCGUCACAACCUCAAUUACAACCACAUCAACAAUACAAUAAUCAGCAACAAUUACAACGUCAUAACCAAACAUCACAACUUGCAUUUAAUCAAACACAGAUGCCACCAGUACUACAGCAACAACAACAGCAACAACAGCAGCAGCAACGCCAAGGCCAACAACAAUCUCCAUCUCAGCAACUACAACAUUCAAGAUCAUCCUUUUAUGUCGGUCCAACUUCUGUCUACGAUAUGAAUCUAAUUAAUUGUAUCAAAUUAGAUAAAGUUCAUCAAAUCCAAUUAUCAAAAUCAUUAGCCCUAAGGAAAGUUUCACCAACUGUUCAAUUCAUAUUACGUGACGAUAUUAAUCAAGAAGAUUUACAGGGAAAUGAAGAUUUCGUGGAAUCAUUAGUAUAUCCACACGGGAAAUUAUUAAUUGACAUUUUCUUUAAAUUAAUCCAUCCUUAUUUCCCCAUAAUACAUGAAUAUGUCUUUUUAGAAAGAUAUUCAAGAUCAUAUAAAGAAUUACCUGAACCUCUCUUAGCAACAAUUUACUCUCUCGCUUUACAAUGGUGGGAUUAUCAUCCAGGAUUAAUCGGAUUCCCGAAACCUGAUGUAACUACUCAAUUAAAUGAAUUUGCAUUCAAAGCCUUCUUUAAUGGAAUUGAAAGACCUAAAUUAAGUUUAAUUCAAACUGGUUUAUUAUUAAUGCAAUGUCGUUCAGAAAGAUUAAAUAAUUGGAUUCUUUCAUCCGCUACAGUUUCAUUAGCUGAAGAAUUAGGCUUGGGAGUAGAUUGUUCAGAUUGGAGAUUACCCAAAUGGGAAAAAGAUUUGCGUAGAAGAUUAGCAUGGGCUGUUUGGAAUCAAGAUAAAUGGACUGCAUUGAUUGAAUCUCGUCAUUCACAUUUAAUAUUGGGGAGAAAUUGGAUGGUUACACCUUUAAGAAGUGACGAUUUCCCACAAACUUCAUCACUGGUGGAAGAUAAUACGAAUGGGGACCAUCAAUUUGGAAAUAAUACUAUUAAUACUAAUACGAUGUUAGGUGCCUCUUUAGUUGAUAUGUCAUUAACUCAAGAUGAUUAUAAUAAUGGUAUUAUGAUGUAUCAACAAAUGGUAUCGUUAAGUAUAAUAUUAGGUGAAGUUAUGGAUACAUUUUAUACACAAGCUGCUAUUCAAAUAGAUACAACAAUUGAACAUAUAUUGAAAUUAGCAAAACCGUUGCAAUUGAAAUUGAGAGAAUGGUAUCAUUCUUUACCUCAAUUUUUAUCCAUGAAUAAUUUUACUCCAAGAAAAUUUAACGCUAAUGCAACUUUAACAUUAGCAUAUUUUGCCACAGAAAUUACUUUACAUAGGAAAAUUAUAUCAAGUUUAAAACCAGAUACCUCCAAAGAGUUAGUCACUGUUUGUAGACAAGCAGCAAAGACAAGAUUAAUUGCUGCAAUUGAAUUCAUACGAGAUUUGAAAAAUGAACACGUUAAUUCAUUUUGGUAUACAUGUUCCACGGGCAACCUUAUGUUAAUUGGUACCUUUGCAGCUUUAUUAUACGUUACUUCUCCAACUAAAGAAGAAUCAUUCACAUUUAGAGAUUGUUUACGUAAUUAUAUUUGGAUCUUAAGGGUCGGUGCUAAACAAUUUGAUAAGUUUGGUAAUGCAUUAAAUAACAUCCAUAUGCUUCUUGCUGAAAUUCCUGGAUUAUUAACAGAUGAACAACCGACCGCGGCGGCAAGUCCUCCAAAAUCAUAUUCUCAAAUGUUUCAACAAACACAGCAAAAUAUGAGUAACACUUUGUCACCUGCAAUAACAGAACAAGGUUCACCAGCAAUGUUGCAUCAACAGAAAACCAUUGCCACUGACUUAUUACAAUCUUUCAAUAAUAUGCAGUCGAGCAAUCAACGAAUAAAUAAUACAGCACCUUCAGAACAAUCUCAAACACCUAUUCAUUAUCAGAAUAUAUCACAACCGGCAGAUAUGAAUAUGUCAUUACAGAUACCCACAGACAAUAAUAAUAACAAUAAUAAUAGUAACUCUCACAAUUAUAGUAACAAUGCAGGAAGUAUUCACGGUUCUGAUCAUCUAUCACCGACAAACAGAGGAAGCUUUUCGAAAAUUACAGGACAUUGUAACAAGGAUGAUCAUAUAUCAUCUGGAAAUAUUCAACAGCAACAACAACAACAACAACAACAACAACAACGUCUCAGUAAUAGCAAGCCUAAUACACCUCAAGCAAAUAUACAUGGCGGCAUGGUUAAUGGUCCCAAACAAAACUCUAAUAGAACUAACGUAUCAUCUCAUCGUUCUCCACAAAAUAUACAAGACAUUAGUGGCAAUAACAAUAAUACUGCCGCUGUAUAG